GAGAAAGGAGACAGAGAGGAAGAGCGAGCACGAGGAGAGAAAGAGCAAGUGAGAGAGAGAGAGAAGGAAAGAGAGUGAGAGUGUUCAUUUCACUUCCUAAUCGGUUUUCCUGGGGAUCUAUCAUCGACUGCAGAAGAAAAGAAAGAGAUCCUUCUCUCCUCACCUCAUCCGAGGAUGAGGAGAGCGACAGCCGUUACAGAAUCACCCACCACUCCAGAGCCAAGCAGCGGAGGCAAGGGAAAGCUCGACAGGGCAACAAGGAUUUCUGGACUUGGGAGGAAAUAUUGGACGGGAGAGGUCCAUGGGCACAGCAGGGAGAAUAUCGCCGUCCCAAAGCUGAGCUGGAGGCACUGAGGAGAGCAGAGGCUACCGGAGAGAGGAACCGGAGCUAUGAGGGAACGCGUCUGGCACGGAAGCCAAAAAAGCCCCAGCUAACAACAAUGGAGACAGCCCUUUCCACCCCCAAUAAUAUCCAGAUAUGUGAGGUGACCUGCGAUUCCUUCCGCAUCGCCUGGGACAUGACCCCUGAGGAUACUGCCAGGGCCACACACUUCUUCAUAGACCUGAGCCGCAAAGAGGGCGGGGAUCCCAACCGCUUCAAACACAGGGAUGUGCCCACCAAACUGGUGGCCAAGGCAGUGCCUUUACCCAUGGCAGUGAGAGGUCAUUGGUUCCUGAGCCCACGGACAGAGUACUGUGUUGCUGUGCAGACUGCAGUGAGACAGGCAGACGGAGAGUACCUGGUGUCUGACUGGAGCCAGGUGGUCGAGUUCUGCACAGGGGAUUAUGCCAUGGACCACCUCAAACAGCUCCUUGGUAAAGCACAGGGUUCUGCUGGAAGAUUGCUGCGGUUCUCUGUGUUCUAUCGCAACCAGCACCCUGACUACUUCCACUAUGUCAGAACUGAGUGUGGGGGGCUGAUACGCCCAGCCCUGAAAGACAAUAGUGGAAGUCACGGCUCCCCUAUCAACAGCAAACUACAGGGAGUCUUCCUCAGUUGCAACACUGAGUUUGACACAGGUCUUCCUCCAAACGACUCCCCCUACGGCCCCCUGCGUUUCCAGAUCCCGGCCGGGAACCUGCUGAAUCCCAACACCAAUCUUUACUUUGCUGACUUCUACUGUAUGUACACAGCCUAUCACUACGUGGUGUUGGUACUGGCCCCUUCUGGCUCAGAGGGGGAUAACUUCUGCCGUAGUAGUCUCCCCCUGCUGGACCUGACUGCCAACCCCUUCCUGACAUACAUCCCCUCCCAGAGGCAGGGUGAAGACCCCCUGUUCUGCCACGCCAGUGAUGUCAUCCUGGAGGUGCUCUACACAGAGCCGCUGUAUCUGGAGCAGGGCAGUGUGCUGGAGAUCAGUGGCCACCACCAGAUGAGCCAGACCACGGCCAACGCCAAGAAGGACCCCAGCUGCAAGGUGUGCAACAUCAGUGUGGGCCGCUGAGAGAACUGACUGGACUGACAGGGUUUAGAGAACAGUGAGGAUGUAUAAUCGCCAUCGUUGCAACAACAACAAAAAUAACUUGAGAAAUGGGCAGUGAUUUAAUCCAUCUAGUAGUGUAAGGGACAGUAACACAACUGGGACAGCCCAUCUCUUGGGGUAUGUGCAUGCUGCUUCUCCCAUCCCUCCCCGUCACUACUAGAAUUGCAAAUCUCCAUGUAUCAUCAACCAUCACAUGUAAAUGUGUCUUUAGGACAAGUGGACUAAAAGGGCCAUCUGUAUUAGCUCCUCCACUGCUGGAGAAAGCUGAGAUGUACACGUUGUAUUUGUCAAAUAACAUUACGUAAGAUAUACAUUUGUCUUCUCCUUACAGUACCUGUUGGUCUUAGAGGAUUCCAGGAUGUCUUAUGCCUAAAAACACACUGUCAAUUUCAUUUCUAUUUGAAAACUUUCAAACAUGAUGUUAUUCCGUUAAAUCUCAUGAUAAGUGAAUAAUAAAGAUUUGAAUUGA